AUGGAAGAUCUGAAGCUUCAUGGCGCAUGGACAAGCCCGUACGGUCAAUAUGUGUUAUGGGCUCUGAAGCUCGAGGGAAUUCCAUUCGAGUACAUAGAGGAGCAUCUCUCCAACAAGAGUGACUUGCUGUUGCAGUACAAUCCGGUGCACAAUAAGAUUCCUGUGCUUGUCAAUGGUGGAAGACCCAUUUGUGAGUCCACGGUUAUCAUCGAAUUCCUUGAAGAGAAGUGGCCACAACAUCCUCCAAUGCCAAGUCACACUCAGGGGAGAGCCAUGGCAUGGUUCUGUGCCAAAUUAGCCCAAGAAAAGGUUCUUGGGUGGUCAAACAUUACCUGUCGCGGCAAAAGUAUCACGUCGUCUGUCUCCUUCAUCUAA